CCUGGGCGGGGCUCCGGCGGUCAAGGGAGGCUGGCCCCAAAAGCUGCAUCGGCUGAGGCUCGGGGACUGUGGGGCGGACCAUGGCGGCGAACCUGAGCCGGAACGGGCCCGCGCUGCAAGAGGCCUACGUGCGGGUGGUCACCGAGAAGUCCCCGACCGACUGGGCUUUGUUUACCUACGAGGGCAAUAGCAAUGACAUUCGUGUGGCUGGCACAGGAGAAGGUGGUCUGGAGGAGCUGGUGGAAGAACUCAACAGUGGGAAGGUGAUGUAUGCCUUCUGCAGGGUGAAGGACCCCAACUCUGGCCUGCCCAAGUUUGUCCUCAUCAACUGGACAGGCGAGGGUGUGAAUGAUGUGCGGAAGGGAGCAUGCGCCAACCACGUCAGCACCAUGGCCAACUUCUUGAAGGGGGCCCAUGUGACCAUCAAUGCACGAGCAGAGGAGGAUGUGGAGCCUGAGUGUAUCAUGCAGAAGGUGGCCAAGGCCUCCGGGGCCAACUACAGCUUCCACAGGGAAAGCAGCCGCUUCCAGGAUGCAGGACCCCAGGCCCCAGUGGGUUCUGUGUACCAGAAGACCAAUGCCAUAUCUGAGAUCAAGAGAGUUGGAAAAGACAGCUUCUGGGCCAAAGCUGAGAAGGAGGAGGAGAACCGCCGGCUGGAGGAGAAGCGACGGGCUGAGGAGGAGCAGCGGCAGCUGGAAAAGGAACGCCGGGAGCGGGAGCUGCAGGAGGCUGCCCGCCGAGAGCAGCGCUACCAGGAGCAGCACAGAGAAACCAGCCCCUCAAGGACAGGUGAACAGCAGCAAGAAGUGGUUUCGAAGAACAGGGAGGAGCAGGUGUUUUCUGAUCAGCGGACUGCACACCCACGGGAGAUUUUCAAGCAGAAGGAGAGGGCCAUGUCUACCACCUCCAUCUCUAGUCCUCAGCCAGGCAAGCUGAGGAGCCCCUUCCUGCAGAAACAGCUCACCCAACCAGAGACCUCCUUUGGCAGAGAGCCAACUUCUGCUGUCUCAAGGCCCAGGGCAGAUGUCUGUGAGGAGCCAGCACCCAGCAUUCCUCCAAGUCUGGUGCAGGCAGAAGAGGAAGCCACGUACGAGGAGCCUCCGGAGCAAGAGGCCCUCUACGAGGAGCCCCCAAUGCAGGUCCAGCAGCAAGACACUGGCUCUGAGCACAUUGACCACUAUACACAGGGCCAGGGGCUUAGUGGGCAAGGGCUGUGUGCCCGGGCCUUGUACGACUACCAAGCAGCGGAUGACACUGAGAUCUCCUUUGAUCCUGAGAACCUCAUUACUGGCAUCGAGGUGAUCGACGAAGGCUGGUGGCGUGGCUAUGGACCCGAUGGCCACUUUGGCAUGUUCCCUGCCAACUACGUGGAGCUCAUUGAAUGAGGCUGAAGCCCAUCUUUCCCUUCCCCACCCAGAUGUGGCUUCCUUAUUGUUAAAAGAGAAGAUGCAAGAGUCAGUGUUUGGGACUUCCAAGAAUGGAACCACAAUGAGGAAAAGGCCUCAGGGCUCCUCUGGCUUGGGUGGUUCAGCCUCUGUCACCCCAGAUGCAGCAAUAACCCAGUGAUUCACAAACACACUUCCUGCAACUUCCCAGAUCCUUCCACUAGUGUGGCUCUUCACAUCUGUGGGACACUAAGCUAAGCCCCACCAUAGUGAGCCCCCAGGUAAUCUCUGCCUGAAAAGAGUAAGUACUGCUAAGCCAGGUCUCUGAGCAGGAGCAUCUGGAACAGCCUUCUGCAUUUGCCUUUUCUUUCUCUCUGGCUUCUAAAGGAUGGUGGCUGCAACUAUUUAGAAUGACCUUUGGGAACAGUGAAUUUAGAGAAUUGCUUUUAUCAGUCUGUGACCAAAGUCAGUGGACCAUAAUGAGUUUGACAGCAGGGAGUUAUUGUCUUACUGGAGCCUGCCUGGCCCCACUCCAUUUCGGUCCCUCUGUUUGGGCCUUGGGAAGUGGGGAUGGGAUGACCAAGCUCCCAUUUCUGGGUAUGUCAAAAAUCAAAGACACGAUGUAUCCUUGCUGUCUCCCUGUUUUCUAUCCCAGCCUGUGAGUCUGAAAAACAAAUCCAAGAAUUUCAGUUUGGUACCCAGGCUCCCAGCUCUGGUCUGACCUGCUGUAGCUUGCCACUCCUAUGUGGAAACAAACCCCAACCUGGAA